AUGGACAGUACAAUUGGACUUAAAAAACGGGCUAGUUUUAUGCCACAGCAUGGAGUAUUACAGCGUGAACUUAAUUCAUUACCGGAAAAAGUAUUACUCUAUAUAUUUUCAUUUUUACCCCAUCAAGAAUUGAUUCGUUGUGCACGUGUAUGUCGCUUUUGGAGACAAUUAACACAAAAUAGCAAAUUAUGGAAAACGGUACUUUUACGUCCAGAAUAUCAUGGAUUACAUGUGAAAAAUAUUGAUCAAUUCUUAAUAUUGGUUGGUCAUCGAUUUGCAUUAUCUCUACAAUAUAUUGAAUUACCAAUGGAAUUAAUAACAGCCGAUGUUUUACAUGAACUCGCCAAUCGAUGUCCAAAUUUAAAAUAUAUGACAUUAGAUUUUUCAACAGCCAUGCAACUACACGAUUUUAAUGAUCUCAAUGUAUUUCCAUGUAAUUUAAAAAUGUUAUGUAUUUGUCUAUCAGAAGUGAUUUUCUUAGAAGGUUUCAUGAGACGAAUUUAUACUUAUUUAUCAUCAUUGGAAAUAUUGCAUGUUAUAGGUAUCGAAGAUAGUGGUAUUUUAUCGGCUGAAUGGGAAUCAUCAUACAUUAAUGAACUUGAUAUAUCGUCAACCGAACUGACUGAAGGAUGUUUAUUAGAUUUAUUUUCUCGUUUACCAAAAUUGAAUUAUUUAGCCGUGCCAAAUUGUGAUGGUUUUACAGACAAAGUAUUAGAAUUAUUGAUUGAUCAAGGAAAAUUAUCGAAUGCACGCGCUCUUGAUUUAAGUAAUACAGUAAAUUUAAAUUUCGAAGUCGUUUUCACAUUAUUAAAACAUCAUGCAAGACAUCUUCAAGGAAUUUGUUAUGCAGGAAAUCCAAAAGUAACUGAACAGUUUUGGACAAAUACCAUCAAACAUAUGAAGCACAUUAAAAUAAUAGUCAUGGGCACAUCAAAUGGAUGGUUUAAAAAAAUCUCGACAAGAAUUCAUGUUGAUCAGAUAUUGGAAGCAUGCGCAACUGAGUGUCAAAAAUUAGAACGUUUAGAAAUCCAAUGGGAUGAAGAAACAUUAAGAUGGAAUGAAAAUAGUAGUAAAUUUAUUGAUCAUGUUAGAAUUCGUUGUACUAAAUUACAAUCAUUAGUAUUGUCUGAUGGCGAAUAUUAUGAAGUUGUUAAAUCAAAUUUUGAACGAGCUGAUCGAAGUCGUGUUGUUAGAACAACAACAACAUAUCAAACGUCAAUUGUCAGUUUACUUCGUUAUUUUAAUGAACUUCGAUUUAACUAA